AUGGUGAGGAAUGGAAGCAAGGCUGCGAAGCAGAAGAAGAGACCUCUCCCAGAGAGCAAGGACUCUGAUCAUGACGAUGAUCUCUCCAGGAGGAAGACGAUGAGGCCAAAGCGAGCUGCAGCAUGCACAAACUUCAAGGAGAAAUCCGUCCGAAUCUCUGGAAAAUCCGCUACUGUUCCAGAAAAGGAGCAUCAUCCGAUUGUGGAGGAGGAGCUUGUAGCUCUGCACUUGACAGCAUCUUCUUCUUCUUCUUCUCCGGAGAGCGGUGAUGGUGAGACUCAGCAAACCAGGAGGCUUACUGAUUUCGUUUUACAUGAUGCCGACGGAGUUUCGCAGGCUGUGGAGAUGGUGGAGCAUGGUGACAUGUUCAUCACUGGUGUGAUCUUGCCUUCCGGUGAGUGUUCUGACAAGGAGAAAGCUAAAGGCAUGAGGUGUGAAGGUUUUGGACGUGUUGAUAAUUGGAGUAUCUCUGGGUAUGAAGAUGGUUCCCCGGUGGUGUGGGUGUCGACUUCUCUGGCGGAUUAUGAAUGCGUUAAGCCUGCUACAAGCUACAUGAAGUUGUAUGGCUAUUUCUUUCAGAAGGCGUAUGCCUCUGUUGAGGUUUACAAGAAAGUGGCCAAGGCUUCAGGUGGGAGCCCUGAGAUGAGUCUUGAAGAAUUGCUUGUUGCGGUUGCUAGGACUAUGAGCUUGGAAAGCAAGUGCUUUUCUGGUGAUUACUUGGCCAUCAAAAACUUUGUUAGAUCCCAAGGAGAAUUCAUAUAUAACCAGCUUGCGGGUUUGGAUGAUACGGCCAAGAAAGACGACGUAAGAUUUGUUGAGAUCCCUGCACUCAUUUCUCUCAGAGAUGCGAGUGAUGCUGUUCUUAUGGAAGGGCAAUCUUCUAAUGGUGUUCUGAGGAUUGAUGGAGUUUCUGAGGUUGCAGAGAGGAAGGAAUCUGAUCAACAAAUGAUUGACGAGGAUGAAAAAUUUGCUAAAUUUUUACAUGAUGAAGAGUAUAGGAAUUCUAUGCAACGGCCGAGAAAAAACAGCAGCUCAGCUUCGAAUAAAGGAUACAUAAUGACCACUGAGGAUGAGAUUGCUAAUGAUUACCCUCGUAAAGCUAAUUAUAAGAACUCCCAAGUAGAAACAGAUGAGCUUUUAUUAUUCGAGGAUGAAGACUGUGAGGUUGACAUCGAUGACCUGCCUCGUAAGAUGCUUCACGAUUGGGCGCUUUACGACAUUGAUUCAAGGCUGGUCUCCCUGGAGCUUCUCCCGAUGAAGCCUUGUGCUGAUAUCGAUGUAACCAUCUUUGGUUCUGGUUUGAUGGCAGAGGAUGAAGGGAACUGGAUUGAUCUAGAUGAUCCUACUACCCCUAUGCCGUCAGACGAACAGGCUGGGAUACCCAUAUUCCUCAGCAAGAUCAAGGAGUGGAACAUUGAGUAUGGGAAUUCAAUGAUCUCGGUUUCAGUGCGAACAGAUUUGGCCUGGUAUCGACUUGGGAAACCGUCAAAGCAGUACGCACCUUGGUUUGAACCUAUUUUGAAAACAGCAAGGGUUGUCGUAGGCAUUUUUGCUCUUCUGGAGGAGCAAACUAGAAUGGCUAAGCUUUCAUUUGAAGAUGUCAUAAAAAAAGUGUCUGAGUUCGAGAGUAACCAUAAGGCUUACAUUUCUUCUGAUCGCUCGGCUGUUGACAGAUAUGUGGUGGGCCAUGGGCAAAUAAUGUUGCAGAUGUUUUCAGAGUUUCCUAACAAGGAGAUCAGAGGGUGUUCAUUUAUCACUACUCUUGCGAAUAAAAGGGCAGAAAAGCACAACACAAGAUGGACCAUCAAGAAGAAGAAAUCUUUUCCGAGAGUGAACUUGAACCCAAGGGCAGGUAUGGCACCUGUAUCAAAGAUGAAGCCCAUGCAAGCAAUAGUAACUUGGCUGAUCAACAGAAUCUGGGGAGAGUUUUACUUCAUUUACGUUCCAGAGGAUCAAUUGCAGGCAGUUGGUGCGAAAAUCGAGGAGAAAGAGGCUGAAGAGGAGGAGGAGGAGGAGGAGGAGGAAAAUGAAGAAGAUGACGCAGAGGAAACUGAACCUGAACCAGAACCAGAACCUGUUGAGGUUGAAGCCUCUCAUACUCUUCCAAAGAAAAUUCUAGGCAGUUGUGGAAAAAUGGAAACAAGAUGGGAUGGUGAGAGUCUAGGAAACACUUCUGUUGGUGAGCCUCUCUAUCGACAAGCCCUCCUUGACGGGGAAAUAGUGGCUGUAGGUGGUGCUGUCCUCUUGGAAGUCAAUGAAACUCAGGCCAUAUACUUUGUGGAAUACAUGUUUGAAACAUCAGAUCACUGCAAAAUGCUACAUGGAAGACUUUUACAAAGAGGGUCCGAGACUGUUCUAGGGAACGCUGCUAACGAGAGGGAACUAUUCCUGACAAACAAAUGCACGACUGUACAGCUUAAGGACGUGAAAGGGACAGUCUGUUUUGAGAUUCGAUCGAGACCAUGGGGGCAUCAGUUUAGGAAAGAGAACACCAUUGCGGAUAAGCUGGACAGGGCAAGAGCUGAAGAAAGAAAGGCCAAGGAGUUGCCUACGGAGUACUUCUGCAAGAGUUUGUAUUCACCUGAGAGAGGAGGUUUCUUUAGUCUUCCACUCAGUGAUAUGGGCUGCGCUUCUGGAUCAUGCACUUCAUGCAGAAUAAGAGAGGAUGAAGAGGAAAAGAAAAAGAUCAAACUAAACGGUUCAAAGACUGGUUUUUCCUCUUUUGGGGUUGACUAUUGCGCUGAUGAUUUUGUCUAUGUAUCCCCCGACUGUAUCGAUGGAUCAUCGACGGUGGCUAAUGGAAUAUUUAGGUGUGGAGGGAACAUUGGCUUAAGAGCCUUUGUUGUUUGCCAAAUUCUUGAGAUCAUUGUCCCAAAGAAAUCAAGAAAUAAGGGCUCCUCCUUUAAGGUUAAUCUCCGGAGGUUUUACAGACCUGAAGAUAUUUCUCAAGGAAAGGCCUAUGCUUCAGACAUCCGAGAGUUAUAUUACAGCGAGGACACAUAUGUUCUCAAACCAGACGCUCUAAAGGGAAAAUGUGAAGUAAGGAAGAAAAAUGAUAUGCCCUCAGGCUGUGAGUAUCCAGUAUUGGAUAAUAUUUUCUUCUGUGAACAAAUAUACGACCCAUCCAAAGGUUCGGUCAAGCAGUUGCCCCUCAAUAUAAAGCCGAAGUUCUCUACUAUUAAGGACGACGACGCACUUUUAAGAAAGAAAAAGGGGAAGGGAAUAGAGAGUGAAACUGAUUCUAGUAUUGACAAGCCUGGGGAGGUACCUAAAGAGAUGCGUCUGGCUACCCUAGAUAUAUUUGCUGGUUGUGGUGGCCUGUCUCAGGGGCUGGAACAAGCAGGUGUAUCUGAAACAAAAUGGGCGAUUGAGUAUGAAAAGCCAGCUGGGGAGGCUUUUAGAAAAAACCAUCCCGAAACAAAAGUUUUUGUUGACAACUGCAAUGUGAUUCUUAGGGCUAUAAUGGAAAAAUGUGGAGAUCAAGAUGAGUGUAUCUCUACUGCAGAAGCUGAUGAACUCGCUGCUAAACUUGAUGAGGACCAGAAGCGUACUCUGCCAGUGCCUGGUCAAGUGGAUUUCAUCAACGGAGGCCCUCCAUGUCAGGGAUUCUCUCGUAUGAACCGGUUCAGCCAAAGGCCAUGGAGUCAAGUUCAGCGUGAAAUGAUACUAGCAUUCUUGUCCUUUGCUGAUUAUUUCCGGCCAAGAUUCUUUCUCCUGGAGAACGUGGGAGCCUUUGUCUCAUAUAGUAAAGGGAAAAUGUUUAGACUCACUCUGGUUUCUCUUCUCGAAAUGGGUUACCAGGUGAGAUUUGGGGUCUUGGAGGCAGGUGCAUAUGGGGUUUCUCAAUCUCGCAAAAGGCUUUUUAUAUGGGCAGCCGCACCGGAAGAAGUUCUUCCCGAAUGGCCUGAGCCGAUGCAUGUCUUUAAUAGUCCAGACUUGACAAUCCCACUAUCCAAAGGUUUACUCUAUGCUGCUGUUCCUAGUACUCAAAAGGGAGCACCUUUCCGUCCAAUCACCGUGAGAGACACAAUCGGCGAUCUUCCACCAGUUGAGAAUGGAGAAUCCGAGAUAAACAAAGAGUAUCAAACUGAUCCAGUCUCGUGGUUCCAAAAGGGGAUAAGAGGGAACAAGAUUGUUCUCACUGAUCACAUCAGCCAAAAGAUGAACGAGCACAACCUCAUCCGAUGUAAAAGAAUCCCAAAGAGGCCAGGUGCUGAUUGGCGUGACCUCCCAAAAGAAAAGGUGACUUUAUCAGAUGGGUCAGUGGUGGAUUUGAUUCCAGGGUGUCUAGCAGAGGAGAAACCUGGUAAAAAGAAAAGGCAGUGGAAAGGACUGUUUGGGAGGUUAGAUUGGGAAGGCAACUUUCCAACUUGCGUCACUAAACCUACGCCCAUGGGUAUGGUUGCUAUGUGCUUCCUUCCUGACCAAGACAGGAUCGUCACUGUCCGUGAAUGCGCCCGAUCUCAGGGGUUUCCGGAUAGCUAUGAGUUCGAAGGGGAGAUAGACCACAAGCAUAAACAGAUUGGGAAUGCAGUGCCUCCACCUUUGGCCUUUGCUCUUGGUCGCAAGCUCAAAGAAGCACUACAGCUCAAUAAGUGCGCCAAUAAUAAUUAG